UUUCCACUUAUGAACAUUUCUUUACCAAAAACACCCUUUUCUCUCUCCCUCCAAAUAUUAUAACUGCCAUUCAGCAGAAAGCACUGAGAAGGAAGAGAGAGAGAGAGCGCGCGAAAAUGGCAGCCAUGGCAUCUGCAUCUCUUCACCUCAAAACCCCAAUCCCUCCACCCAAUUUCUCGAAGCUUCCCAAAAUCCGAUUCAUCCCGCCCCUCCGCCGCCCCGCCGCCCGCAUCCGCGCGUCGCUCAUCGAGCCCGACGGCGGGAGGCUGGUGGAGCUGCUGGUGAAAGACUCCGAGAAGGCGUCGAAGCUGAAAGAGGCGUCGCAGCUGCCGCCGAUCAGGCUGUCGGCGAUCGACCUCCAAUGGGUGCACGUGCUGAGCGAGGGGUGGGCCAGCCCCCUGCGCGGCUUCAUGAGAGAGUCCGAGUUCCUCCAAACGCUUCAUUACAACUCGCUCCGACUCGAAAACGGGUCGCGGGUCAACAUGUCGGUGCCCAUCGUGCUCCCCGUCGACGACGCCCAGAGGAACCGGGUCGGCUCCUCCACCCGCGUCGCCCUCGUCGACCACGCCGGCGACCUCGUCGCCACUUUGAACGACAUUGAGAUAUACAAACACAACAAAGAAGAAAGAAUAGCAAGGAGUUGGGGCACCACAGCACGUGGUCUGCCCUAUGUUGAGAAGGCUAUCAGUGGUGCCGGAAACUGGCUGAUCGGCGGUGAUCUAGAGGUCGUAAAGCCGAUCAAGUACGACGACGGAUUGGACCGGUUCCGGCUCUCCCCCGCCCAGCUCCGGCAGGAGUUUGAGAGGCGUAACGCAGACGCGGUGUUUGCCUUCCAGCUGCGGAAUCCGGUGCACAACGGCCACGCGCUGCUCAUGACCGACACCCGUCGCCGCCUGCUUGAGAUGGGAUUCAAGAAUCCGGUGCUCUUGCUGCACCCUUUGGGAGGUUACACUAAAGAGGAUGAUGUUCCACUUCGUUGGCGUAUGAAGCAACACGAGAAGGUGCUUGAAGAUGGAGUCCUUGAUCCGGAAACGACGGUGGUGUCGAUAUUCCCAUCUCCGAUGCACUACGCCGGCCCCACCGAGGUGCAAUGGCAUGCCAAGGCUAGGAUCAAUGCGGGCGCGAACUUCUACAUCGUCGGGCGCGACCCUGCCGGCAUGGCGCACCCCCUCGAGAAACGAGACCUCUACGACGCCGAUCACGGCAAGAAGGUGCUCAGCAUGGCCCCGGGAUUGGAGCGCCUCAACAUAUUGCCUUUCAAGGUAGCUGCCUAUGACAAGACUCAAAGUAAAAUGGCAUUCUUUGAUCCAUCAAGGGCUCAAGACUUUGUCUUCAUAUCCGGCACCAAGAUGAGGAACCUGGCGAAGAAUCGGGAGAACCCUCCCGACGGAUUUAUGUGCCCCGGUGGUUGGGAGGUGUUGGUGGAAUACUACGACAGUUUGGCUCCGGCGGCCAGCAACGGCAAGCUGCCUCAGCCAGUUGCUGCUUGAUCAGAUCACUCUGUAUUAUUAUGUUAUGUGUGUUGUGUGUGUGUGAUUUUCUUCCUCUAAAUGUGUAAAUGUGUAAUGUAAAAUAAUGUGACAGAUGAUAGCGAAUCAUCAUCACUUUGUAUCAUAAUUUGGGAUGUAUGGAUUGUUGGUUUGAUUUUAUGCAAACUGGGAAAUCAUAGCUAUGUGAUCAUUGUGGAGCA